ACAAACACAUCUAUGAAGCAAAAUAGGCCAUGGGUCUUAUGGAGAAAUGCAUACAAUAACACUCCAAAAACGCUCACGGCGACGGUGACGGUGCCGGUGCCCAACUCAUACGCAAAUUGAAUUCCUUUAGAACCUCUGGAAUCUGGAACGUCUCAUAUGUCAUACGCAAAGCUCGAAUUGCAGAAGCUCGUUCCAGUUGAUUUAUUGGAAGACACCAUUCUGUGAUUGAAUAAAAGAUGUGGCGCUACUUGCCAAAAGUUGUGCAUGGCAAUAGGCGAGUCAAUUUAUAUCAAAAUGUGGUUGGACCGUAUCUAACUGUCCACACUGGAGCUUCUCGAAGUGUGAUUGACAGUUGUGCCCAUGGUUCCGCCUUGGGUACAUGUACAACAAGUUGCACUAGGAUGGUUGAAGAUGCCCAAAAAGGUAUUCCAGUUUCUGACAUGUUGCGUGAUUCAUUUGGAAGGCUCCACACUUACUUGAGAAUCUCCUUGUCUGAACGCUGCAACCUAAGAUGUCAGUACUGCAUGCCAGCUGAUGGGGUGGAGCUCACUCCCAGCCCUGAUCUCCUCUCCAAAGAUGAGAUUGUGCGAUUGGCAAAUCUUUUUGUCAACUGUGGAGUAAAUAAAAUACGUCUAACUGGAGGAGAGCCUACAAUCAGGAGAGAUCUUGAUGAGAUCUGCUUGCAAUUGUCUGAAAUGAAGGGGUUGAAAACAUUGGCUAUAACAACUAAUGGACUUACUUUAGCGAGGAAACUGCCGAAGCUUAAAGAAAGCGGCCUUACUGCAGUGAAUAUUAGCUUAGAUACUUUAGUGCCUGCAAAAUUUGAAUUCAUGACGCGAAGAAGAGGGCAUGAGAAAGUUAUUGAGUCAAUCAAUGCUGCUGUAGAGCUUGGCUAUGAUCCUGUUAAAGUUAAUUGUGUUGUCAUGCGUGGAUUUAAUGACGAUGAGAUAUGUGAUUUUGUUGAAUUAACGCGUGAGAAGCCUAUUAAUAUUAGAUUCAUUGAAUUCAUGCCAUUUGAUGGAAAUGUUUGGAAUGUCAAGAAGCUUGUGCCUUAUUCUGAGAUGAUGGAGACGGUGGUUAAAAAAUAUUCCGACUUGGAGAGAUUUAAGAAUGACCCAUUUGACACAGCAAAGAAUUUCCGGAUUAAGGGGCAUCGCGGUACCGUUUCUUUUAUCACAUCAAUGACAGAGCAUUUUUGUGCUAGUUGCAACCGGUUACGUAUUUUAGCAGAUGGGAACCUUAAAGUUUGCCUCUUUGGAUCCGCAGAGGUGAGCCUAAGAGACCCCAUGCGCAGUGGUGCUGAUGACAGUGAGCUCAUGGAUAUAAUUGGAAGAGCGGUGAAAACAAAGAAAGCUGCUCAUGCUGGAAUGUUUGACAUUGCAAAUACGGCAAAUAGACCGAUGAUACGUAUUGGUGGCUAGGGCUCGGUGGUGUAUCGUUUUUUCACAACCCUGAGGAUUUGGUUUCACAAAAGUGCAGUCCUGCUAAUUUAUGUGACAUGAUAUGCGAGGCUACUUCUUGAAUAUAUACUCAGCAAUGAUUAAGCAAGUUGUUGCUCCUAACCAGCAGUGAAGUAGGUUACACUUUAUGGUGACAAUUCAACCCUUUCAGCAAAUUUUGAUCUGGUUUUUCUGUAUAGGCUUGUUCAUGCGCACGGUGAAGUUACUGUUUAGUGUUUACUGACAUGUUGGUUGUUGUAUACUAUCAAAGGCAAGAGGUUUUUUUACGGUUUGCCUACAUGACAUUGUCAUACCUCGUAACCUCCUUAUGUUAUGUGAUGUAUAAUAAUGGGGAAUGCUCCUCUUCAGCCCAAGAACUGGCUAUCUAUCAAGCCAAAGGGAUGUGAGUUUGUAUAUGUAGACCGAUUAUAGUGUUAUAAGCGGAGAUAAUUUUACUUGAUAUUGUAGUAUAUGGCAAGAAUUUUAGUUUGUAUCUAUAUGGAUAUAUAUAUUAUUGAAGUGACA